AUGGCGCUCGAGGUGAACCCAGAGACGGCAGUCACCAUUCGGGCGCUGGCAGCAGCCACUGAGGCCGUCACCGCCAACGUCCGCAAGAUCAACGAGACCAUGGACCGAAUACUGCAGGGCAAGGAGGUUGUGGAUGACCUUCAUGCACUUAUUGAGCAGCAUAAGCGGAUUGUUAGCCAGCGACGAGCCCAAAGCAUCACCCACGUCGAAGAGCUCUAG